AUGAGUGAUGUAGCCGAAAGUUGGCAAGUACCGCUUUCAGAUGGUGUUCAUAAAAUAGAGUUUGAAUAUGGUACAACGUCUGGUAAACGUGUAAUUCGCGUUGACAAUAAAGAAGUUCUUCUUCAUGAUUGCCUUUUUAAACUUGUUGAUACACUUGAUCUAUGGGUUAAUAGUCAACGUAUUGAAGCUGAUGCCACAUUUUCAGAUGAAGGAGGUGAAAUAGUUUUUGACAUUGGAGGUCAUCAAGUAAAUGUAAAAGCUAUUUCAUCAGGUAAUCCUCGUUUGGGAAUUAACCAUGUUUUGUUUGUUGAUGAAGUUGAAGUGUCACAAGAAAGUGGAUAUGAUAACAGCUAA